GUCGUCGUCGUCGUCGAGAUGACGAGGAGAGACAAACACGCGCCUUUUUCUAGUGGCCGCAAGAAUCAAGAUCCAUCCACCGGCAGAGAACCGAACCACGCAAGCUAGCUGGUCGAUCGAUCCAUCCAUCGACAGGCGGAAAAGGAGGCAAUCGAUUCCCUAAUCUCGCUACCGCCAUCCGCCAAGCGAAGCGAAGCGAAGCAUUGACUCCUACUCCUACUACGAGCGGCUUAAAGUGACCAGUAACCACCACCACCACGCCGCGGCCGCCGUCGCCAUCCGCGCGCGCCCCCACCUGCCUCCGCUCCCACUCGCGCACGCGGCCACCACCCCCACCGAUACGCUUCUCCUGCCUGCCUGCCUGCUGCUGCUGCCGCGCGCCGGCAGGGAGAGGAGAGGAGGAGGAGCAUCGCUUCCUUGCUUCCUCCUCACGUGCCUUGCCCCCGCCGCUAAGUAGCCGGCUUCCUACCGAACAAGAACUGCAGCGAGCGACUCGGGAGGAGGAAGGCGAGGGGAUAUGCAGCAGCAGCAGGCGUGGGCGGCGGGGCUUGGCGGCCUCGCGGUCGCCGGGGUCGGGGAGGAGGGCGGCGGGGGAGGUCCCGCUCCCACCACCGUCGACGAGGCGUCCAUGGAGCGGAGCAAGAGCUUCGUCAAGGCGCUCCAGGAGCUCAAGAACCUGCGGCCGCAGCUCUACUCGGCGUCGGAGUACUGCGAGAAGUCGUACCUCCACAGCGAGCAGAAGCAGAUGGUUCUAGACAACUUGAAGGAUUAUGCUGUGAGGGCUUUGGUGAAUGCGGUUGACCACCUUGGCACAGUUGCCUACAAACUGACAGACCUGUAUGAACAACAGGCUUCAGAAGUUUCCACUCUUGAGCUGAAAGUAGCAUGCUUGAACCAGCAAGUCCUCACCUGCCAAACUUACACGGAUAAAGAAGGCAUUAGGCAGCAGCAGAUGACCGGAACCGCCACAAGACAUCACAAACAUUACAUUGUACCGACUUUGGCGAACAAAAGAAUGCAGGCUUUCUCUGAGAUGCAAACUGAUGCUGAUAUUGACUCAAGGCCUAGACCUUAUCCCUCAGCAAAAACCCUUUUCUGGCAUUUGGCUUCAGAGAAAAACUCCAAAACCAAUGGAGCACGCCAAUCUGAAUUUGUCCUAGAAGAAACAAAGGCUACAAAACCUGCAUCGAGAGGUAAGGAACCAUCAACAUCUCCAUUGCCCAAGCAUCUGCAGACAAACUUGGCCAGCUCUGAUUUUGCUAUGCAUAAUGUUGGCAUGAAGGAUCAACCUGGUGUCAGGCAUCUAUCGUCAUUUAGUUCUUUUGACAACCCAAGAGGGCGUCAAAUCCAAAAGGCUCCCCUCCGUACCAAAAGUAUGCUAGCUGCUUUCUUUGUCAAGCACAAGUCGGGAAAGAUGAAAAACGUUUCUGUUCGUUGAUCAAUUUCAAGCCUCCAGUUUGUCCAGCCCUGUCACAACGAAGUACAACCACGGAAUUCAGAUUACAUCUACAAUAUGUCUGUGUCUUGUAUAUUAGUGCUCUAGAGAUGAAUCUUUUGGAUAAAGUUUUUAUAUCUUAAUGUUAAUGUCAUCUUUCUGAUGACUUAAAUGUUUAAUAUAUGGGUAUAGAAUAACAGUUUUCAGUAUAAGUGGAUGUAAAAGGAGUAUGUCAACCAUCAUUUUCAUUCAUGUAGAUUGUAUGAUGUGUUUGUACAGAAGAAAAAAAAAGCCAAAAAAGAAAAGCAGACUACUGAAUUUUUGCCUCCUUGAA